CCCAGUCGCGCACCGUGCACAACCGCAGUCGCGAGAAAGAUUUCCACAGUGUCAGGUCGCGCUCGCCAGUCGGUUGUUCCGCCCGCGUAUUGAUUCUGCACGAUCCGUGUCGGCCUCUGAGUGUGCGCAAGGUUGCAAUCUUUCUACACUGGCCGAAGCCGACGCCCAGUGUUUUAAGCUGUAGUGCUUUCGUUUUCCAUUUGCGGUACACCCAACGCGAGCCUCAAUGAAUGACGCUUUCGAUUAUUACUAUCAACAUUUUUACCUUUUAAGUGCCGCAAUUAUUUACUUUAACGUGAACUAUAGCUAGCAAGUUUUGUGAUGAUAUUGGUGAAAAUGUGUUCAACAUUGACUUGAAGAUAGCGGCCUGCGUGGCAGUACUGUAGAGUGAAACAAAGCGCGUGCCCUUUUUGCGCAAGUGUAGAACAAUUUUAGUUUCGUUCAAUAGUGUAUUAGACAGGCGCCGAGCAAGGUUUAAUUCCUUUUUGGCGAUACACAAGUGUGCAAUAAAACAAGAAACAAAUCAAAACAAAACUCGCCGCUCAGCACGACGCGCGACACCAUUCAUAUGCGAAUUGAUGUGCAUCCUUUCUGAAUAGUGCCUGUUGUGUAAUAUGUGUAUGUUUAGUGGUGCGCUAAAAUCUUAAAACAUCUCAAAUAAUUGGUUUAGAGCGAGAGAGUGAAAUAGCAAAUCGAGCAUAACUUCUAGCGGUAGAAAGGCAAAAUGUAAUAAAAAGCAUCGAUCGAUCGAAUAAUGGCAAGCAGGGAAGCUAAUAAUACUCAGUGUUGCGCUCACUAAGGCUCUCUAUCUUUCACACCCAUCCUUUCAGUGUGCGAUCAGAGCUAAUACCGUUUUGAUACAUAUAUCUGUGUGCUCGUGUGUGUUUUGUGUGCUCUCGUGUGCGUGUGAUACAAUAAUAUCGGUGAACAAGAAAAAAAAAAGAAGAAAUAGAUAAAAGCAAUCGGAUCAAUAUAUCCGGAGCGUAAUUGUAUUUGACAAGUAUUGAGUGCGAUUCGAUCGUUUUUUUUUAACAACAACGGAAAAUCCCGUCGAAGCUCGGAAAAGUGCUCGAAAGGAAAAGAGAGCUGUGGCUGUGGUUUCCCUUUUCAUCUCACCGCGGUCUGCCUCUCUGUGUGCUAUCUGUUGUGUGCCUUUUGAAAAAGCAAAGAAUGAAGUGUGCUUAGAAGCUUGAAGGGUUGGGGAUUCAGGCGGGUUGCGGCCCCCCACCUCCCUAGCAACCGAAUCCUUCUCCAGCCCGACGUACCAGGCUCGCGUGUAUACAUGUGUGUGCGUGUGUUUUGUAUGGUGUGAUAUUGUUGUUGUUGUUUUUGCAAAGGUAGUGUACGCCAAUAGCCAAAAUUCAUCAUACAGAAAUAAAUCAUAAUCACUACUUACUGGCAUUUUGGUGUUCAGUGUGCGUGUGUGUGUGUGUGUGUAUUUGUGCGCGCUCUGCUUGCCUAACGCGUCCUGUUACUAAACAAGUGUGUUUCACCGCCAUCACCGCCAUCGUCAUUUGUGUCGUGUGGAUGUACUCCUAACGAUCGACGUCAUUAGUGUCAGUGAUAGUGUACUGUUCGCGCGGGUUCGAGGUCCCCGCAUCCUUGUGAAGCGAGUGAAGCUAAAAAGAAACGUCGCAAACAAACAGAAAAGAAACCCCACACGCACCAUUUAAACUGACUUUCUCUUCUGUACUUCUUUCUAUUCCCGCCUUUCGGUCAACGUGUCCCGCUCGCCUCGCCCGCGCGCCCCCGCUGAAUGGUGUGCUGCAACGCUGUUCGCAUUUCCGGCGGGCUGCUGCUGCACGGUGACGACAUUCCGUUGACGCAACGACGAUGAACAAUAUCUUGACGCCGGUGGUGCCGUCCCGUCGUCAACACCAUUGACCCGUCAAAACAAAUCGCGAACGCACCCCGCGCGGUCGGUCGGUGGGUGAUCGCGUCGGAAAAUGUAUCGGUAAAAUACGCACAACACCGCGUGUGCGACACUUGGUGUCUUCCCUGCGUGUCACUGUGCGCGCGCGUGCCCGCUCUGCGUAUCUUCCGUGUUGACAUUGAAAACCGAACAACAAUUCGACCAACCAAACUCCAACAAACUGAAAACCGACACCAACAAUGGCAACGGCAGCGAAACAGUCGUCGUCCGGGAGUUCGCCCUCCAGCACCGUGCGAACGUUCGUCGAGGGGCAGGAGGAUUUGGAUGCGAUCGCGAAACAAAUCUCCGACCACGCCGAAGCGAUCUACCAGACGUGGAAAGCGCGCGGCCUUGCACCGACGGAGAUACUGAACUGUCACACCGGCGACGGUGCGGAGCACGCCUUCAGCCAGGCGCUGAACCCGGCCAACUCGCCGACUGUCGGGCAUCAUCCCGGGGGCACCCCAGCAACCGGUCCGGGGAGUCCGGGAGCGUCGGCAGCGUUGCCCGGUGGUGCGUCGUCACCCAGCGCCUCGAACGCUGCCAGUGGCGUAGCGGAACUGCUGGCCAAAGCGCCAAACCUUUCGAACAACAGUCUCGAGCAGCUGGUUAGCUCAUUCGUGAGUGAAGACAAGGCGCGCAUCGCGGCCCAGCGUCAACAGCAGCAGCAGCGUGUCGGUGUCCGUACGCCAACGACCGGCACCAGUUCCGCGAUCAAAAGUGUGCUGCAAAAGUUUGAACGAAAUGGUGCCAUCGGUGGUGGUGAGGAUCCAGUGAGCAGUAGCGGUGGUGUGUCCGACCUGGGCCGACCGAGCUACCUGCGUACCAGUGGUGCCAGCGGCUCUGUCAGCAAAGCCGCCGGCCAUUUGGGUAUUAGUAGUGGUAACAACAAUAACAACAACUUCAGCACGCUCAACAAGAACAACGUGCCGGACGUGCUGAAGGAUACGAUCGUCGAGUCGAAGCCGAGCGGCGGCGGCGGCGGCGGCGGAACCGCAGUGCGUGAAAAACCGCAAACCCCAGUGAAACCGGAGCACCUGCUCAACCAUGUGCCGAGCUGGCCGCUAAAGAAUCGUGUCGUUAAAACCGGCGGCGGCAGCGGCUUGAAAGCGGCGCCCGGUGGCGGUGUGACCCACAGCACGCCCGGCACCACCACCCCCUUCGCCAAGAACGCGGCGGAGCUGAUGGAUGAGGUGUCCCGGGAGGAGGAACGGCUUAUAAACGCGCUGAAAACCGGCACCGUGCUGAACAGCAGUGACAGCAUCCUGCCAGAAGUGAUCACCUCGACCCUGCCCGACCGGGACGUGCCAGAUUACGGUUCGGUGGUGGACCACCAGCAUCAACGUGCGGGCUAUAGCGCGCAACAACCCGCUGCAACCAUGGUGACCGCGGCGUCGGCGGCCAACGGGGGCGGCCCGAUCGUGGCCGCCACCAACGGCGGUACGCCCGCCCUGAACGGCAACGGUACGACGAACGGCACGGCGAACGGUACGAACGGCCACAGCGAUACGCCGAGCGUAAAGCACUGGAAUGGUGUGCCGAUGAAGCCGAACCACAUACCGAUCCUGAACAUACACCAGAUCCGCGAGCAGGAAAAGCUGUCGAUGAACUUUACGCGCAAUGUCGCGACGACCCGGCUACCGAAGGACUUUGGCCGGUCGGCGGCCGAUGACAAGGACAAGAACAUGCAGCCGAAAACGAUACCGAGCCCGAUCCGGCCGUUCCUGUCGCGCGGUUCGGUCGCCGAACGGGUGCUGAUCUUUGAAAAGUGCCCGGAAAAGGCACCGCCCCGGGAGCGGGCGAAGGAACCGGUCAAGCUGCAGUCAAAACCUGUCAACCGGCUGAUUCCACCAAACAUCCACACAACGCUGCAGCGACAUUUGAAAAACUCGACCAAAGCCCCCUACAUCCCGCAAUUCCACUUCCCCAAUGGCAAACCGCCGCCAACGAUCACGACGGAAACUACAAUGCAGCGAUUGGAGCAGGUUUUCGACAAGCUGCCAAACUACGAGUGCACGCGGGACAACUUCCAGGUGAUCGUACAGAUGUGCCAGGUGCCACAGUACUGGCGCCUGCCGCUGUUCAUGUGCACGCAGCUCACCCCGAACGGUGCCGUUGAUGGUGACAAAUUCCUGCACUUCUGGCGACAAAUGACAUCAUUCUGCCACGAUGCGGCAUCCCGGUUUGUCUUCAUAAUGUCCCGCGGGGAUCGCACGCGACCGUACAUUUUGCCGGAGGACUUUGCCCCACUGAUACAGGAUGUCGUCGAUACGCACCCGGGGCUGGCAUUCCUGAAGGAGGCAGCAGAGUUUCACUCCCGCUACGUGCACACCGUGAUAGCGCGCAUCUUCUACAACGUGAACCGCAGCUGGACGGGCAAGAUCACGACCACUGAGCUGCGCAAAUCGAACCUGCUGGACGUGAUUCAGUUGCUGGAGGAGGAGGAGGACAUCAAUCAAAUCAUGGCGUAUUUCAGCUACGAGCACUUUUACGUCAUCUAUUGCAAAUUUUGGGAGCUGGAUCGCGAUCAUGAUCUCUACAUUGACCAGCAGGAUCUGGCCCGACAUAAUGAUCACGCACUGUCAUCGCGGAUGAUCGAGAGAAUUUUCUCUGGUUGCGUUACGCGAAGUCCGCGGCGAGGCAACAACAAUCCGAUGAUACAGGGUCCGAACGGUCCGAAAAUGUCGUACACCGAUUUCGUGUGGUUCCUGUUGGCGGAAGAGGAUAAGUCACACCCGACUGCCAUCGAGUACUGGUUCCGCUGUAUGGAUGUGGACGGUGACGGUGUCCUCUCGAUGUACGAGCUGGAGUACUUCUACGAGGAGCAACAGCAUCGCAUGGAAUCGCUCGGUAUCGAAACCCUACCCUUUGAAGACUGCCUGUGUCAAAUGCUUGAUAUGAUAAAACCAGCAACUCCUGGCUGUGUAACGUUGGCCGACCUAAAGCGAUGCAAAAUGACGCCCAUUUUCUUCGACACGUUCUUCAAUCUGGAGAAGUAUAUGGAGCACGAGCAGCGUGAUCCAUUUGCACAGCGCGAAAACGACGAUCUUACUGACUGGGAUCGAUACGCAGCGCAGGAGUAUGAACUGUUGGUGGCUGAGGAAGGAGGAGAUACGCAAGGCAGUCAUUGCUACAUCUUUGGCCAGCCAGUGCUGUCGACCAUGGCGGGCGGCACUGCUAGAAUGCGGCUGCCCGUGCCAUCCUUGUUGCAGCCGGGUGUCACCGGCACUGGUGGUACCAGGCGCAGUACGACGACCUCUACGGUUAGUAGUACCACCGUGCAUUGCACGUCCGUGUCGGCUACGACCGUACACCAUUCGCGCUCGACGGCUCAACGCGGCGGCAGUUGCAAGGCCACCAGCACCGCUUCAAGCUCUACCAGCGGCAGCGGCGGCGGCGGCGGCAGUUCCAGCAGCGGCACGUCGCAUGCAAACAACAGCGAACGCAAAGUGCACGGUGCACCGGAAGAGUCGACCGGUGCUGCAUCACAAACAUCGAUGCACACGAGCCGCAAAAUGAUGGCACUCGACAGUGAUCCUAAUACAUUUUAUAGCGCAUUUCUGGUUUCUUAUGAUGAGGACGAAGACUACGAGCCAAACAUUGAUAUUCUUGAGUCCCAAUUGGACGAUUGCAUACUGAACGAAUGGUGAGAAUCGGUAAAAAUAGAGUCGGCCGAGGACUUCGAGCGGGCCGAGCGGGCUAUUCAGGAACAGUUAAAUCGACUCUAGGAAAAAAAAAAACAAAUGCAAAAAAUACAUAAACAAAUCGGAAACAGUGUAUGUGAUUGCACUUGCCGGUUUGCCGUAUUUGCUACAGAGCACCGAUGAAUUUCAACCGACGCAGCAGUCGAUCCACAUUCAAACGUAUGCAAGAAAUCUAAUAAAAUCCAAACAACACAACGUGAUAAAGAGUAAGAGAGAAAAGAACGUCGAAGGGGAUUGGAUACACUACAAAGCAUCACUCAGCACUACCACCACUACUAGCGGAUGGACAACAACAUCUUCAUCAGUGUAACAACCGGCUAGUGCUAAUGCUACAACUGCUACUACUCUUACUACUACCGCUGCUGCUACUACUAUUACAACUAUUACUACUAUUAAUACUACAAAUACUAUCAUUGUUGGCAAUAUUAACUGGCACUGUAAAUGCAAUUGGCUAUUACCAGUAACUUAAAACUCAAAUUGUCCUCAUCUAUUGUUUUUAUCAAUUUUUCGAAAACUCCUUCAACAAGCAAUGUGUUUAAAUGUUUGUAUUAAAGACAUAUGCAAGCGUCAUACAUUUUGUUGCGCAAUAGCUCAUGUUCCGUGCAUUAGGCGUACACGCAACAACAUCAAAAAAGGAUCAAACACUUUAUAGAAUGCUGUUGUAUGCCAAAGGAAAAAUAAUUGUUCUAGCUCAACAGAAAGGAUACACGAACGUUUGGUGUGAUUAAAAUUCAUAGUUACCACAACAACAAAAACAAAAACCUAACUCACACUAUACAGCAGUAACCCCUCGUAAUAGAUUUGUAUGCUUUCUCAUACGCUCGUUGCAGGUGUUUCCUCUUUGUUUGACAAAAAUUAAAACCACUAGCGCAUAUCAUACCUCUCCAGCAAUUGUGCAUUGUUAUCAAUCUGUUGUACAUUUUGGCUCAUUUUAUAGGUUUCACGAGCAGCGAGCGUAUCAUACCGGCAUGCACAGACGUACCCAUCUUCAAUUGCUAGGGCCAGAAAAUAUUGUCUAAAUCUAAAGUAGAGCGAUCAAAAUUCUGCUCAGUGAACCAGUGCAGGGUAGCAUUAAGGAAGUAAUAAGGACAUCUCGUUUUUGGGUUCGCAUGUGUUCAACAAAUCAACCAUCAAUUAUUGCUUCUGGUUGCGAACCUUAGCUGGGUUUGAUAAGUGUAUUCUCAACGAUGUAUUCAACAUCAUAUGUAGUUAGUUUGAAUAGUUCGAGAAAAUUCGAUUAGUAUUUGGUAGGAUCAUUCGUUCCCGUUUGCAAUGCUAGUAAGAAUCGGACGGGGGGACCGUGCACGACCUACGUGACCGUGCAUAAUUAGCGCAAACUUUCAUUUUCCCCGUGAGCAGUCCAUUAUUCUCGUAGUUGAUUGAGCGAAGGAUAAGCUUAUCCUUCCGGAUUUUUAUUUUUUUUGUAUAAGCUUUACAACGGUGCCAAAAUAAUUGUUUCGUUACGUUUUAGCGUUAUGUAUUAGAUGUUACUCCUCGAAAGAAAGUGCGGGGAAGAUUAUAUGUAUCACGACCUUUUA